CUGGGCAAUUGCGUUAUUGAUUAGCGAUAUUGAUGAAACUGCUGCCACAUCAAUAGUAGGAAUCAGAUUGCGUGAUGUCCUUACAGCGCUAUCUUCCUAAAGGAGGAGUAAGCGACAUGAAUUAAACGUACAAAAGAUGAAUCCUAUCUCGUCAAAGUGAAUGCCAACCUUUCCACAGACAGAAGGAUUAACACUUACCUAGCUAAUUUGCACAAUGACAAGCAACAACAAUUCGAACAAAAAACUCAUUCUCAAUGCCUUUGAGAUGGGGGCUAUUGGACACCAAAACCCUGGUCUCUGGACGCAUCCAAGGGAUACCAAAACUGAUGGUUACAAGUCAAUUGAGUAUUGGACUAACCUCGCCAAACUCUUGGAGAGAGGAAAAUUUAAUGCUGUAUUUAUAGCUGAUGUCUUAGGAGGCUAUGAUGUUUAUAAUGGGCCGGGAAACCUUGAUGCAGCCAUUGCCUCUGCUGCGCAAUGGCCGGUUAAUGAACCGAGUGCUGUAGUAUCUGCAAUGGCUGCAGUUACCAAAAAUCUUUCCUUUGGUCUCACGUUCAGUACAAUUAGUGAGGCUCCGUAUCAUUUUGCUAGAAGGUUAGCUACUCUCGAUCAUUUGACCAACGGAAGAGUUGGCUGGAAUAUUGUUUCCUCAUACUUAGAUAGUGCCUCUAGAAACCUAUUGAAUGGAGAGCCACUACUUGAACAUGAUGAGAGAUAUGUUAGAGCAUCUGAAUAUCUCGAUGUCGUCUAUGAUCUAUUUCUAUCUUCCUGGAGAGAUGAUGCUGUGGUUAAAGAUAAGGAACGCGGUGUCUAUGCUGAACCUGACAGACUCAGAAGGAUUAAUCAUAAGGGCAAGUACUUCACCGUUCCGGGUCCUGGGAUGACUGAACCAACUCCUCAGAGGCUCCCGGUAAUAUUACAAGCUGGGGCAUCCAAGAAAGGUACCGCUUUUGCUGCCAGAAAUGCCGAGGUGGUAUUUAUUUCUAGUCCCACCCCAGUAUCAUUGAAAGCCCAAAUUGACUCAACAAAGAAGUUGGCCAAAGAAGAAUUCGGUAGAGAUGAAGGUACUAUCAAAUUUUUACAAUUAAUUACUGUGAUUAUUGGGAAAACACGUGAAGAUGCUGAAGAUAAAUACAGGGACUAUCUCAAACAUGGCGAUUUAGAAGGUGCCCAAGCUUUGUUUAGUGGUUGGACAGGAAUCGAUAUUGGGAAAUAUGGAAAAGACGAGGAAUUAACUGAAGUUGAAUCUAAUGCAAUUAGAAGCUCUGCACAGAAUUGGACUAAACCAGCACCUGGUGCACCCGCUAACUUGAAAAGAACUAGAGAGUUUCUUGCUAGUAAAAUUGUAGUUGGGGGUUUGGGCCCGGUAAUUCUUGGAACAGCCACAGAAGUAGCUGAUGAAAUUGAAAAUUGGGUUAAUGUUUCUGGGGUUGAUGGCUUCAAUUUCUGUUAUAGUGUAACUCCUGGAUCAUUCGAAGAUAUUGUUGAUUAUCUUGUACCAGAACUUCAAUCUAGGGGUUUAUUUUGGGAUGAUUACCCGGAAAGUAAUGAUGAAAAGGAUUCCAAUCUUUCAUUCAGAGAACAAAUCUUUGGAACUACUAGAGAUGAUCCUAAAUUCUUAUUGCCCUCACACCCGGCACAUAAAUUGAGAUGGACUUCCGAGUAUUCAAGGGAAGAGUUUGAUAAAUACCUUGAAAAAAUCAACUCUAGUUAGCCCUCUAUGUUUUCAAAUAAAUAUCAGAUAUUAAAGCG